CCCGGCACUUUUUGGAGGCACUUCAUGGACGUCAUGUGCGCGCGCAGCCUCUUCUCCUCCUCCUUCUUCAUCUUCUUCAUCCUCCUCACCUUCAGGCUGCUGGAGCCCGUGCGCUCCACGCAGAACCAGAUCUGCGACCUGGUGAAGGACAUCGACAAGGAGAGGGACGCCUGCGAGGCCCAGAUAGAGAACAAGACGACAGGUUGCAGCGGGACGUGGGACAAGGUCACCUGCUGGCCAGCUGCAGAUGUGGGCGAGGUGGUCACCAUCCCGUGUCCCGAGUAUCUCCUCUACUUCUCCAGGGAGCUCCACACACGCAACCUGUCAAAGACUUGUACCGAGGACGGCUGGACCCCCGUCAGCAUUGACAUCAAGGACUGUGGCUACAAUCCCAACAGCACCACGGACGAUCAUUCGCAGAGGGACUUCUUUGACGCCGUCAUAGUGGGUUACACCAUCGGCCACAACGUGUCCCUCGUCUCUCUCACGGCCGCCAUCAUCAUACUGUGCCUCUUCAGGAAGCUGCACUGCACCAGGAACUACAUCCACAUGCAUCUCUUUGUGUCCUUCAUCCUCAAGGCCAUCGCCGUCUUCAUCAAGGACGUCGUUCUGUAUGAUGUCGGCGAGACGGACAGUUGCCAUUCGUCUGUGGGCUGCAAGGCGGUAGUUGUCUUCUUUCAGUACGGCAUCAUGGCCAGUCACUUCUGGCUGCUGGUGGAAGGCCUGUACCUCCACGCUCUCUUAGCGGUCUCCUUCUUCUCCGAGAGGAAGUACUUCUGGUGGUACAUCCUGAUUGGCUGGGGCGCUCCAACCAUCUUUAUAUCAGCAUGGGCGAUCACAAAGGCUUAUGUAAAUGAUUUUGGGUGCUGGGAUAUCAUUGACGACAAGCUCUGGUGGAUCAUCAAAACGCCCAUUUUAGUAACCAUACUUGUCAACUUUAUUCUCUUCAUGUGCAUCAUCAGGAUUUUACGGCAGAAGAUGAAUUGCCCCGACAUUGGAAGGAAGGAAUCGAAUCAGUACUCGAGACUGGCUAAAUCCACGCUGCUCUUGAUACCGCUCUUUGGGAUCAAUUACAUCAUUUUUGCCUUCAUACCUGACGACAUCCACCCACAGCUGAGGAUGGUGUUUGACCUCAUCCUGGGCUCAUUUCAGGGCUUUGUUGUUGCCGUCUUGUACUGCUUCCUCAACGGAGAGGUACAGGCGGAAAUCAAGCGUAAGUGGCGCCGAUGGAUGUUGCAGCGCUUCCUGGGCGCCGACACCAAGUACCACCUGCCCUCCAUCGGCGGCAACAACUUCAGCACCCAAAUCUCCAUGUUGACCAAGUGCAGCCCCACCGCGCGGCGAGCUUCCGCCUGCCAGGAGCACUUCUCCGCCAUCUGACUCCUUGCGGGCGUGGCGGAAAUCCGCGACGAACGUGACAUGCUGUACAUAAGCGGCGCCAUCGUGUCGGGGGGGGGGGGGGGGUCAUCUGAAGGCAACACGACCUUUUUAGUUUGUUGUGACUCCACCCGACCGAUGUGACGUGCAACCAGGAUGGGAGUCGAUGUGAGUACAAGUUCAGGUGUUCAAACUCCUUCUAAAUAUGGCGUGUGACGUAUUGAUUUUAAAGGCAAAACCCACUAAAGAGCAGGAUGUUUACUUAAAAAGGUAAUGGUGUAUUUUUGCCUCAUCCUUCACUUUAUAAGUCUAAAACGGAGGAUGCAUUGUUAACUGCUCACCGAUGCCACCUGGUGGUUGUUUGGGUACACUGAAGCUAGUCCUGGACGGCCCCACUCCCUAACAGGAAUGAGGCAAAAAUACAGCUGCCGUAAAUUCCGGACUAUAAGUCGCUAAUUUUUCCCCACGCUUUGAACUCUGGGGCUUAUGAAACGGUGCGGCUAAUUUCGGGAUUUGUAUUCGCCGUAGGCUAUAAAGCAAACAGUUUUCAUUAAACAGGGGACGGCGUGGCGCCGUUGGGAGAGUGGCCACGCCAGCAACCUGAGGGUUCCUGGUUCGAUCCCCUGGUCCGUCACCCUUGCUCCUUGCAUGGCAGCUCCCGCCAUCAGUGUGUGAAUGUGUGUGUGUGAAUGGGUGAAUGUGGAAAUAGUGUCAUCCAAUCCAAUCCACUUUAUUUACAUAGCACAUUUAAACAACAAAAAUGUUUCCAAAGUGCUGCACAACAAAAUUAAAAAUAAUAUUAAAAACAAUAAUCAAAUAUUAUCCUUAGCUCCACCAACGACUGAAUAAAAACAAAAAAUAAAUAUAGAACCAAUAUAAAAACAACAACAAAAUAAAUAUGAUUAAAAACGAUUUUAAAGGGAAAAAACUAUUAAAACAGUAAAUAGAAGGUAGAAAAGCGCUAUACAAGUAUAACCCAUUUACCAUUUCAUUUAAAUGCAUGCUAUGGCGCCAUCUUUUGGACGAGUUUGCACACGGGUCGAUGCCUACAAGUGUUACCUGCUGUGAAAGGUUUGAACCGGAAGUAUAAGUGCCGUUUUCAUCUUUCGAUAAAAUAUUAAUUCAUCACUCCAUGCAACCUUUUACAAUACAACUAAGACUAUUCACAAUUAUUAAACGGUCCCAUGUGUGAUGUCUGCGGGAGUGUUUUCAUGCAUAUUUGCACAUGCUAUCGUGUUGUAAUCACGCUAGCGUCUUUAGCAUUAGCUAAUAUCCUAACUUGGACUUAGACUUCCCUUUUUUGUCAUUCAAAUGCAAACUUUACAGUACAGAUAAGAACGAAAUUUUGUUGCAUUAGUGCUACCUGGUGGUUGUUUGGGUACACUGCAGCUAGUCCUGGAUAGUCCCACCCCCUAAUGCAUCAAUCACACGCAGGAUUCUCACAGGAAUGAGGCAAAAAUACAACUCGACCUGCCUGCCGUAAAUUCCGGACUAUAAGCUGCUGAUUUUUCCCUACGCUUUGAACCUUGCGGCUUAUAAAACGGUGCGGCUAAUUUAUGGGAUUUUUCUUCGGUGUAGGCCAUGAAGCAAAUAGUUUUUCAUUAAACGGGGAUGGCGUGGCACGGUUCCUGGUUUGAUCCCCAGCUUCUACCAACCUAGUCACGUUCGUCUUGUCCUUGAGCAUGCCACGUCACCCUUGCUCCAGUUAGUGCCUUGCAUGGCAGCUCCCGCCAUCAGUGUGUGUGAAUGUGGAAAUAAUGUCACGAAGGUAGAAAAGCGCUAUACAAGUAUAACCCAUUUAAUUUAAACGCAAACAAAGACACUUAAAUGGUUUGUUAUUGUUGGUGCUAUGGCGCCAUCUUUUGGACGAGUUUGCACACGGCAAGUGCGGCUGGGUCGAUGCCUACAAGUAGUUUCCUGCCGUGAAAGGUUUGAACCGGAAGUAGAAGUGCCGUUUCAUCUUUUGAUAAAAUAUUGAUAGAUUCUUCAUUCAUCACGCCAUGCAACCUUUUACAAUACAACUAAAACAAUUCACACUUAUGAAAUAUCCUAACUUAGACUUCCUUUUAUUGUCAUUCAAAUGUGAACUUUACAGAAAGGUAAGAACGCAAUUUUGUUGCAUUAGCUGGUUGUAGUGCAGGAUAAAAGAGCAAUAAGGUGCAGAUAUAAAUAAAUAGAUUACUGUACAGAUAAAUAGAUUGUACUUUUGCAUAUGCAUCCACGUUUAAGGAUGUAUGUUAUAUUGUCUUUAUACUCCAGCUACUUAAUCCGUUUUUGGGGGGAAAUUGAGGGGAUUAUUAUGAUGCGUUCAAGAGUCUUAUGGCCUGAGGGAAGAAGCUGUUACAGAACCUGGAGGUUCUGCUACGGAGGCUGCGGAACCUCUUUCUAGAGUCCAGCGGUGAAAACGCUAUUAACUUACAAUGACAUUCUUUUUGUAUUGUUUCAUGACUUCUGUUUUGUUUGAUCCGCCGUUUUACUGCCAUGUUGCACACACAGUUUGGAAACAAUUUAAGUGUAUGUAAAUUAAAGGGGAACAUUAUCACCAGACCUAUGUAAGCGUCAAUAUAUACCUUGAUGUUGCAGAAAAAAGACCAUAUAUUUUUUUAACUGAUUUCCGAACUCUAAAUGGGUGAAUUUUGGCGAAUUAAACGCCUUUCUAUUAUUCGCUCUCGGAGCGAUGACGUCACAACGGGAAGCAAUCCGCCAUUUUCUCAAACACCGAGUCAAAUCAGCUCUGUUAUUUUCCGUUUUUUUCGACUGUUUUCCGUACCUUGGAGACAUCAUGCCUCGUUGGUGUGUUGUCGGAGGGUGUAACAACACGAACAGGGACGGAUUCAAGUUGCACCAGUGGCCCAAAGAUGCGAAAGUGGCAAGAAAUUGGACGUUUGUUCCGCACACUUUACCGACGAAAGCUAUGCUACGACAGAGAUGGCAAGAAUGUGUGGAUAUCCUGCGACACUCAAAGCAGAUGCAUUUCCAACUGGACUGGACAGAUCAGCUUUCAGGAAAAGAGAGCGGAUGAGGGUAUGUCUACAGAAUAUAUUAAUUGAUGAAAAUUGGGCUGUCUACACUCUCAAAGUGCAUGUUGUUGCCAAAUGUAUUUCAUAUGCUGUAAACCUAGUUCAUAGUUGUUAGUUUCCUUUAAUGCCAAACAAACACAUACCAAUUGUUCAAUCCCCACCUAGUACCAACCUCGUCAUGUCCGUUGUGUCCUGAGCAAGACACUUCACCCUUGCUCCUGAUGGGUGCUGGUUAGCGCCUUGCAUGGCAGCUCCCUCCAUCAGUGUGUGAAUGUGUGUGUGAAUGGGUAAAUGUGGAAGUAGUGUCAAAGCGUUUUGAGUACCUUGAAGGUAGAAAAGCGCUAUACAAGUACAACCCAUUUAUUUAUCAUUUAAUCGUUGGUUAGAAGGCGAUCGCCGAAUUGGUCCUCGCUUUCUCCCGUAUCGCUGGCUGUCGUGUCGUUUUCGUCGGUUUCGCUUGCAUACGGUUCAAACCGAUAUGGCUCAAUAGCUUCAGUUUCUUCUUCAAUUUCGUUUUCGCUACCUGCCUCCACACUACAACCAUCCGUUUCAAUACAUUUGUAAUCUGUUGAAUCGCUAAAGCCACUGAAAUCCGAGUCUGAAUCCGAGCUAAUGUCGCUAUAGCUUGCUGUUCUUUCCGCCAUGUUUGUUUGUGUUGGCAUCACUGUGUGACGUCACAGGAAAAUGGACGGGUAUUUAUAACGAUGGUUAAAAUCAGGCACUUUGAAGCUUUUUUUAGGGAUAUUGCGUGAUGGGUAAAAUUUUGAAAAAAACUUCGAAAAAUAAAAUAAGCCACUGGGAACUGAUUUUUAAUGGUUUUAACCCUUCUGAAAUUGUGAUAAUGUUCCCCUUUAAAGUUUGGUGUACUGGAACUUGCUAGAUGGCCGUUGGCACUCUUGUGCUCCUCCGCCCUUUGUCAGAUAUUGUUUUUGUUCUGCUGGGUGUCUAGCCCACCCAGUUUAAUCACCGACGACUCGACCAUGGAACAGGUAGUACCAGUUUACAUGUUACUCUCUUGAGCGACCUGACAUAAUAUAUGACAUAGAUAUUUGUACUGUAUUUUCCGCACUAUAAGCCACACCCACUAAAUUUUAGAAGAAGAAAAAUAUGUGGACAAUGCUGAAGAAACUAGUCCAUGUCAGAAAA